AUGCUGACGGGAGACAGGUGCCAGAAAGCUCACUGGUCCAAGCAUAAACCCUUCUGCAACCUUGCACAGGGCAAAGGCUCUCCGGACGCAUAUCUCUCAUCCAAGGAGCAUGAUGAAGUGCUUCGAAUCAUCAUUGAUGCUUACCGUCUGAGAGUGGAGACUGACCAUGCGUCCCGGGAUGAGGAUCAUGGCAUAUAUUACCCAGGAAACCCCAUCGACGGGUUGGUCUGGGUCAAAGGCGAUGCCAUUGAUGACUUCCAGCGAUUCCUUGAUCUCAUCGAAGGCACCGAGAUCUUGCCCAAGUGGUGGAAAUUUGAAGAUCGAAUGGAGUGCCUAAUGAUGGCCAUUGACAAGGACAGUCCCGAGUCAAUCUUCAAACCAAUCAAUCAAUCAGAGAUUCCCACACGGUAUGGUGGGGAUACGUCCAUCCGUGUUGCACUCGCCACCAUUGCUGAGAUGGUUGUGGGCUAUGACGGUAAAGGUCCGGCCAAGGAUGAUACCUGGUUCCGAGAAUUCCAAGAGUUUCUGGAUCUCCAUCCAGAAGAGAGAGCUCGUUUGAUCAAACCGAGUGUCGACAUGGCAGAGCAGAUCAUGAAGGAGUAUGGAGAUGACUUCCAAGCUACUUCCACCGAGGCUCCCAAUUGA